GCAUCAUGCUUUGAAAACCUGAACCCAUGGUGUCUCUAGCUACAACUCUCAAACCACUCUCUCCGCUUUCAUCAUUUGUUAAACAACAUAAAACCAGUAACAAUAAUGCUUUCUCUACUUAUUGCACCUAUACCUAUACAAACUCAGGUCUCUUCAAACGAGAAGGAGCCGUGCCUCAGAAGAAAUAUACGUUCGUGGGUGUUCAUGAUGCAUCAGAUCAGGUCGAGAGCUCCUGGACGAUACCAUUGUCCGAGGUUGUGGUGGUCAGAAAGAAGAAAGCAUUUUGGCAAAGGAGUUGGAAUUAUUGGGAUGUGAUCAGGUUAGUCCAAUUCGCUGGGGUUCAUUUGCUGAGCCUCUCGGCUCCAUUUUACUUCAAUUGGUCAGCUUUUCGUGUUUUCUUUUGGAUCGUUGUCAUCAAUGGAAUCUGUAUCACCUUGUGUUAUCAUCGGAAUCUAUCUCACCGAAGUUUUGAUCUACCGAAAUGGCUCGAGUAUCUAUUUGCUUAUGGUGGCCUUCUGGCUUUUCAGGGAGACCCAAUAGAGUGGGUGAGCAACCAUCGGUACCAUCAUAAGCAUUGUGAUACACAACGUGACCCACACAGUCCUAUACAGGGAUUUUGGUUUAGUCACAUGACUUGGAUAUUUGAUUCAGGUUGUAUCCACAGAAAGUGUGGUGGACAGGAGAAUGCAAACGAUCUCGUGAGGCAGCCCUUCUACAAGUUCCUCCAGCGAACCAUACUUUUUCAUGAAAUGGCUUUUGCUCUUCUCCUCUAUAUUGGUGGACGCAUGCCCUUCCUCGUCUGGGGAAUCGGUGUGGCAAAUGUGGCUCGAUACCACGGGACUUUUCUGGUGAACUCAGUUUGCCAUACAUGGGGAACACGAGCUUGGAACACACCUGACCUCUCCAAAAACAAUGGGUGGGUAGCGGCUAUAACAUUUGGUGAAGGAUGGCAUAACAAUCAUCAUGCGUUCGAGUUCUCGGCUAGGCAUGGACUAGAGUGGUGGCAGCUCGACUUUACUUGGUAUCUUAUUAAAUUUCUCGAAGCUAUUGGCUUGGCCACAAACGUUAAGUUACCUUCUGAAGCUCAAAAGAAGACGAUGGCUUGUAACUAGUUCUAUUAUUGAUGUUCGGUCCUAUAUAUAUGGAUAAUAAAGUCAAGUCAAUGGGAGUUAUAACCGUGAUUUGUUAGAUAAGAUAUAAGUUUACGUGUGGGUGGGUGUUGUCUUAAAAAAGAACACAAGCUUCAGACCGUACUCUUUUUUUUUGUCUAAGUUUCUUUGUCCAGUUACUCACAAACAAAACGAUUACAAACUCGAGUGUUUUUCAUUUUAUAACUUUCUUUUUCUUUUGCACAAACUUCACCACUAUGAACAUUAAUAAGUUUAGUUAAGAGUCCUAAGUAUUAAAAUUAGGAGGUUUAUUUUACUAAGAUCCCACUA